AUGGGUCACGGUGCUAUCAACUACAAAGCUGUCCCAGGUACAACACACUUGGUUGAUUUAGAUGGUCAUAUGAAUGCUCACCAUUCAAAAGGUGAUUCACAAAUUGUUUUAAUUCCAACGCCCUCAGAAGACCCAGAUGAUCCAUUGAAUUGGAGUGCUAGAAGAAAAUGGCUAGCUGUUUUCUGUAACGUCGUUUAUACCUUUGGUGUUGGUGUUCCAUCUGCUGCUAUUUACUCAGUCUUGACUAACAUUGCUGCUGAAACUGAUAUCACUUUAGGUCAAUUGAAUGCAGGUACUGGUUAUAUGUUUUUAUUCUUUGGUCUUGGUUGUUUGAUUUUUCAACCUUUAGCAUUACAAUAUGGUAAAAGACCAACCUACCUGUUAAGUAUGUUUGCUACCACCUUAAUUUGUGUGUGGUCUCCUUACUGUAAAUCAAAUGGUGAAUGGAUUGGUAGUAAGAUUUUGCAAGGUUUCUUUGGUGCUCCAAUUGAAUCAUUAGGUGAAAUCACAAUGUCUGAUAUCUUUUUUGAGCAUGAAAGGGCCAAAGGUAUGGGUAUUUAUGCUGUUGCCUUGUUAACAUCAAACUUUUUAGCACCAAUGAUUGCUGGUUUUAUCAGUGAUGGUAUUGGCUGGAAAUGGGUCAUGUGGAUGUGUUCUAUCUUUGGUGCUGUUUGUUUUGUGUUUCUAUUCUUUUUCAUGGAAGAAACCAAUUAUAACCGUAAAUUAGGCUCUAAAAAGAUCAAUAUCAUGACAAUUGAGGGUAUCGGUAAAGAUGAAGAAAAUAUCACUAGCGUAACAUCUGAAGAGAAAAGAAUUGGAACUGUCUUAUCUCAUCAAACAAUGGAGGAAAGAAUGCAGGAAACAAAUGAAAAUUUGUAUAAUGAAGUUGAUAUGGCUUCAAGCUCUGAUGAAUUAAAUUAUGAAUCAAAACCAAGAAAAACUUUCAAAGAUAAAUUAUCAUUGACUGGUGGGUUUAAAGAAAAGUUUCUACUGCUUCAUUAUUUCAUUGGCCCUUUCAGAAUGGCUAGAUUCCCUUCUGUUCUAUGGGGUGGUUUCUUGUAUGGCUCUUCACUGGUCUGGUUUAAUUUGUUGAAUGCCACUGAAGCUACUGUUCUUGGUGGUGCACCAUAUCAUUUUUCUUCAGCUAUGUGUGGGUUAGCCUACAUUUCACCAACUAUCUUUUCUGUUGUCUUCUUCUUCCUUUCUGGUUAUUUAUCUGAUUUUUUGAAGGUCAAAUUGGCUAAGAGAAGAAAUGGUCUUUCUUUACCAGAGGAUAGAUUUUGGGUUCUUAUCGUAUAUAUGGUCUUAGGGUUUUUGGCAAGUAUUGGUUGGGGUGUUGGUGCUCAUUAUGGUGCCCAUUGGAUGGUCCUUGUUGUUUCCAUGGGUGUUUUGGGAGGUCUUGGUGUCUUUGGCUGUAUUUCUGCUGUUACUUAUUGCUCAGAUGCUUACCAUGAACUAGAUUGUGAAGCUAUGGUUGUUGUCAUUCUGAUUAGAAACUUGAUGUCGUUUGCCUGUAGUUAUGGAUUAACUGAUUGGGUUGUCAAUAUGGGUUACAAGAAUGCAUUCAUUUCAUCAGGUUGUAUUUUGUUUUUUUGUAAUGGUUCGUUUUUGCUCAUGAGAUACACUGGUCCAUUUUGGAGAAACAAGACAAAACACAUCUACUGGAAAUAUGUUGAACAAAAUAGAAAAGUUGUUGGGCAUUGA